AUGGGCAGCAAUUGUUGCAAGGGUGAUGCUUCAGGGAAACCCGUCGUGAGGUCGGGAUCCUCUGUUUACAGCAGGAGUCGUGCGGGAGCGAAACUAAACGAACGCUUCACUACUUUACAAAGCGCAGGUGGCGUUCGUCUAUCAAUCACUGCUGCGAGAUCCGGGGACAGCGGUGUAUACACCCUGCAAGCGAGCAAUGCUGCCGGUAAGGACACGACCCGGGUACGUGUGGAGGUGACCCCGGACGAAAUGCCGACCGGCGACGAUCCGCCUACAUUUUUAAGGCGUCUUCAGGACCUCACCGUGAAAGUGGGGACCCGAACCAGGUUUCUUGUGGAGAUUGUCAGUUCGACAGAAUGUAGGGUGACGUGGUACCGCAACGACCGUCGCCUAAUGGAGGCCGAGCGUAUUGCGUUGGUGCGUGACGGUAACUUCUGGUGCGCGGAUGUUUCAGCUGUGAGUGUGGAGGAUGCGGGCCGGUGGACUUGCACCGCAGAAAACAUAGGUGGCCGAGCUAGCUGUUCCGCUCAUCUAAAUGUACUCGUACCAAAAGCAUACAAGCGGCCGGAAUUCGUUGAAGAGCUUCGCGCUUUGUUAACGGAGCAAGGCACCGUGUCGCUGGAGUGCAAGGUAGUGGGAGUCCCGACGCCUGUGCUACGCUGGUUUAAGGAUAGUCGUGAAAUCAAAGCUGGUGAUGUUUUUGCGCUGACUGCUAACGCUGAAGAUCCGACAUCACUUGGCACAUACACUUGCGAGGCGGUGAAUUGUAUGGGAAGAGCAUAUUCCUCCUCAAAGGUCCAGGUUGUAGGCCGCGCUAGUAGGGAGGGGUCAGCUAGACCUGCCACAGGAGGAAUAAUAGAGCCUCCUCCAAUUUUCACAAAAGAACUUGAGGACCAGUUUGUAAGAAUUUGUGAGCCUUUAACGUUGAGUUGUCAAAUCGUGGUACCGCCUUGGCCAAGAAGCGUUGUGUGGUACAACAAAGAAGGAAAAGUCGAAGCUAGUGAUAAGUACCACAUAUUAGAAGACGGUGUAGGUGGUUAUUUCAUAGAAAUUCAGACAUCAGAAUUUGCAGACGAAGGCGAAUGGAAAUGCGUAGCAACAAGUGCAGGCGGCAGAGUUGGUAUUUCAACAUGUUACGUUUCGAUGGACGUGCCCAAAAACUAUCGGAAACCACGGUUUAUGGAGAACUUACAAGCAGUGCUUACUGAAGAGGGUUUAGUUUCUUUUGAGUGCAAAGUAGUCGGUUUUCCCACACCAGUGCUGAGCUGGUUCAAGGAUGGCCAAGAGUUAAAGCCGGGAGAUGUUUAUCAAUUAACUGGCACUAACUCUUUGGGGUCGUAUUGUUGCAUAGCUAAAAAUUUCAUGGGACAAGCAAGUAGUUCUGCAGAGCUGACAGUAGAAGAUAUACAAAAUCAGUUAAACGAAGAAGAAAAAUUACAAUUGUUUUCCAAAAAUCAAGCACCUAAAUUUUUGAAAGGCUUAAAAAGUGUAGAAGCAAAAAUUGAUGAACCAUUCCGAUUUAUGAUAAAAGUUGCUAUUCCGCCUGAACCUAAAGUUCUUUGGUAUAGAGAUGAACAGCCUGUAGAUGAAUCAUCUCGUUGUCAUCUCGGACAUGAAGAACGUGGUGUUUUCGUUUUAGAUAUACAAAACUUAGAGUUUAUGGACCAAGCUGAGUGGAAAUGUGUAGCAAUGAAUGAUUAUGGACAAAGUGUUACAUCAUGUUUUCUUAAGUUAGUUAUACCUCGACACUACAAGAAACCUCGAUUCUUAGAAAAUCUACAAGCUAUACUAUCAGACGAAGGAGCUGUUAAUUUAGAAUGCAAAGUAAUUGGCGUUCCUCAACCAGUUCUAAAAUGGUAUAAAGAUGGAGAAGAGCUUAAGCCAGGGGACAUUCAUAGAAUUAUUUCUGGUCAAGAUGGCACUUGUUGUCUUGGAACAUAUACAUGUGAAGCCCAAAAUUGUAUGGGAAUUGCAGCAAGUUCUGCAUCUUUGCUAGGAUUUGAAGAUUCUGUAAAAGCUAAAAAUAAAAAGCAGGUCGACGAUCAAGCACUGCAAAGAAAUUUAUCAUUGAGUACUAUUCAUGAGGAACGCACCUCACAAAUGUACGAUACACCAGUAGGUGACAUCACAUUAGAUGACAAGGGAGAGAUUUCGUUUUCGUUUGACGGAAAAGAAGUUUCUGUAUCGUUAUAUGAAACUCCAGAUUUAACUGAAGAAGAAGCUCUGCAAAUAGUAGAGAUGUAUGCUGACCAGCUAUCGGAAAAUGUUACCGAACAUAAUGUGGUUGAGCUUCCACCUUUGAGAUUCGUUAAAGAAACUUCAACUUCGGGUAACUUACUAAUGGAAGCUAUAAUAAUUGACGUUUCUCCAGAAUACUUUACGUCUCCUGAAGAAGAUCUUAGGACUGAAGCUGACAUAGAAGAUAUUUCUAUUGCAGAUGAAAAUGGACAAUUACAACUUUCACUAGAUCAAGACGCUAAUGGGGAGGAUUAUCUAGAAAAGACUAUAGCUUUAUUAUCGGAGGAAUGUGCGGAUAUACCUAAGAAAAUAGAAAGAAAAAAAUCUGAUUCUCAAAAGAGUGCAGAUGAUUACUUUAGUUUAUCUCAUGAUCGAUCUCUUUCAACCGAUAAAAAGGAUGACGAUACUCAAAUUUUGUCUGAAAGUGAGUUACAAAGUUUUGCCAGUGCCCACAGUACCGCAAAACCCAAGUCAAAGUCGUCGAAACCAUCAUUGGAAGAUGGUCAAGAAUCCUCAGACUUUACAAAAACAGUUGUGCUUAGAGAAGAUAUAAAAGGUCAGUUACCUGAAAGUAAUAGUGCUGAAGGACAGAGAGAAAGUAACAGCAGUAGGGGAUUACGAAAAUCAAUAUCCAGAGAAAAGUCUGCUGUAAAGGAAACAGCAGCUGUAGAAGCAGUCCAGAAAUCUAGUCUAAUUACCGAAAAUAUUAAAUUAAAUAUGAUGGCCAUGAGUUCUUCUUUGACAAAGGUGAUGAAUGCUAUUCAAAUUAUUGAGAGAGACAUUAUUCUCAAAUCAGAAUUAAUGUCUGUUGCUGCUACAGCUACAAAAAGCUUAGAAAUAAUAAACAGUCUCAUUACACCUUUAUCUGAGAUACACAGUAUCACAGAUGCUGUAAUAGAGUUAGUAAACGAACCUUCUGAAAUUAUUUCCUCUCUAUUUAAUCGAUUACCUCAGUCUCUUAGGAUGCUUGAACAGUCAUUGACUAUAGUUGAGAAAUGUAUUGACUUUGAAAAUGAAAAUAAGACUCUCGUGAAAAAAACGUGUUUACUACUAAUUGAAAAAUGUGGUGAGACCUUAAAAGACUUAAUAACUACUGUAAAUACAAUUAGUUAUGAAGAAUGUGCUUUGAUAGAUGAUAUAUGUAGUGAUAACAUAAAGGCAGCUUCGGAAAAUAUACUAAAGAGUCUUAAAUUAUCUAUGGAUGCUAGUAUGAAGGAUAAAAUUUUAAAUGAACCUAGUGAUAUUAGCAUGCAAGAGGCAAACUUGGAGAGUAAACAUUUAAAUCAUACUCAGAGAGUUUUGUAUGCUUUAAAAAGUUCUUUAAAAUCUGUACUAUUAAUAAUAGAAGGAUCGGAUAACAUGCCUAAAAAUUUUGCUGGUAUUAGGAAUUCGGAAAUAAUUCUUGAUGAAAUAUCGACACCUAUUCAAGAAUUACAAAAUUCCCUUGAACAAAUAGAAUUAUUGUCUGUAUCUGAAGCGAGUUCAAAUUUGCCUCAUUACAAUACCCAAAUUAUAGAAACAGUAAUGAGUUCCAUCUUAGAGCUACGAACAGCCUUUGAAAAAUUAUCUAAUGAGAAAGAAAAUAAAAUACAAGAAGUUUUAGUGGAUAUAAAAGACUACAUAAAUGAUAUAUCUUCUCAAUUAGUAACAUUCGAAGAAAGGAAUGGUAAAUUUGACAUUUUAAAUAGCGAUAACAAAUUAGAAGUAUUGCAAACAAUGGCUCAGAUAUUAAUAUCUCUUGAAAACAGUUUAUCUAUCUUGGAUCCAAUACCUAUUAUAAAAACACAUAUGUCAGAUUUUCAUAAGAAUUUAACAAAAUUGUUAGAGAAUGUUAUAGAAAGUAAUGAUUCAAGAAAAUAUUUCUCUUUGUUGGAAAUUUGUAACGAUGUUAAUAGAAUAAAUACUUCUCUGAAUAAUAUGGAAUCUCGACAAAUGUUAUCUCUUGCUGUUAUUAGUAACACGUUAAAAAUAAUAAAAAACAGUUCCCAUUUAUUUGUAUUUGAUGAUUCUCUCAAGGGUUCUGUCUUAAAUAAUAUUAAUGAUCUACUGCUUCAUAUAGAGGAGAACAUAAACUUGAUUGAAGAAACCUCAAUUAAUGUAGAAUCUGAAAAAGUUGUCGAUUUAUCAAUAAAACAGUUUGAAAAGGACAAAUUGAACGUUAUUUUAGAACAUUUACAAAGAAGUAUUGUAGAAAUAAGUAAAGUGAAUGCAUUCGAAAAUGUUGGCGAUUUGAAUAUUGCCCAUGUUCUACAAAAUAUUAAUCCCACGUUAACAGAGAUUCAGUGCUGUUUAGCAUCUUUGAAUAUUAAUACAGUGGAAAAUCCUGAAAGUGUGUGCGAUAUUAGUGUCUCUUCAUUUUCAGAAAGCAUUGCACAUCCACUUUACGAAUUACAACAUAACAUUUGUGUUCUUAAUGAAGUUAUCUGUGAAAGUGCAAGAAAUUUGGAAAUCAAUAAAUUGACGGUUUUUGCUGAACCUCUCAUACAUUUACAAACAACAUUAGAAAUUUUACAAAAUGAUUUAAUUUCACAAUAUGACGAACUGACUUCAAAUAGUGAAAUAAUGGGAAGCGUAGCUAAUAGCGUUGAUAAUCUUCAAAGUUGUAUUGUUAUAAUUCAAGAACAUGAUAUUGUGGAAGUUGCUGACGACAUGUCCACAUUAGCUGAUAUAUCAGCUAUUAAAACAACUGCCGAUAUUGUGAUGCCUAUUGAAGAAUAUAUGGUACCAACAAUUGAAAAGGUUAAAAUUGAGGAGUCUUCUGAUAUUUGUUCUAUUGGAUCACAAACUAUUUCGGUUCAAGCUUUGCAGACACUACACCAACAUAUUAUAAAUAUAAAAGCAUUGAACAUUGAACAAGAUUUUAAGAAAAUUUGUGACGAUAAUAAAACAAUAGACUUUGAAUUGCUUCUGUCAGAUUUAGAAAUAAUUGAUUCAAUUAUUAUGGGCAUGUUGCAUCCUAUUGAAAUGGAUAUACACCAACAGACACAAGUAAGCCCUUCACGAUUGGCCUUAUUGGUUCAGCCAUUUAUAAAUAUUCAACAUACUCUGUCAAAUCUUAAUAUGAAAGAUAAACCAAUAUAUAAAGAAGUGACAGAAACGCACAGCCAAGCAAACAAUUUUAAUGACAUUCUUUUUCAUCUAAAAAGCGACUUAACUGCCUUUUUAAAUGUUUUGCAAGAGGCAGUGGAAAUUGUUGAUAAUGUUUUUGAUAAAGCCACUAAGAAAGUAGCUUUAGUGCAAAUAUCUAUGAAACUAGAGAAUUUAUUGAGUGAAAGCGAUGUUGGCUCAGUUGAUCCAUUCUUAAAAAGAGAAGUAAUAAAUUUGCAUACAAACAUUAAUGAUACCUUAGAUGUAAUUAAUUCUGAUAAUGAAAUUGCAGAAAAUCUUAAUGAGAUCACUGAUAAACUUAAUCAAACUUUACCAAAAAUUCAAGAAGAGGUUUUCAAUUUCACCGUUCAUAAUUUAUCACACGAAGCGAAGAUAGCAGAAUUAUUAACUGAGAUAGAACAGAACGUCGUCACAUUGGAACACUUUGAUGAAAAAUACGCAACUCAGACAUCGCAAACUGACCAGAUAACUCAAACUGCCAAUGCAACAAAAGUUGAUUCAGUAAUUGAGCUAAAUCAAAUUGGUACUGAUUUAGUAACAACAGUUAAAAAAGAAAUAAAAGAAAGUACUGAAAAGGAUAGGAAAUUGGUGGACGAAUUUAUUAUUAGGUUUACAAAGGAGUUAUCGUUAUUGGAUUACUUAUAUAAAAAUCCUAUAAGCCUUAAAAACAUUAUCAAAUCACUUCAAGUGUUUUAUGAUUUAAACAGAAGAUUCGAUGAAUUUAAAUCUUGUUAUCAUAAUAAUCUACCGGAAGAAGGCGAAAGACUUCUACAAUCUUUUGUACUUAAUGUAGAAGAUUAUUUAAAAGUCGUACAAACAACUUUAAAUCAAAAUAUAAGCAACCAAUCAGAAUUGCUUUUCGAUAUCCCGUUUACUAAAAUGAAAGAAGGAGAACAAUUUUUAAAGAAUAUAUUACAAUCUGAAAGUGACUUUGCAUUACGUGAAACGUUUAUCACUAUUUUGGAAGCUAUGGAAACAUUGAAGCCUUUUCAAGAUGAACUGAAGUCUAAACUGGUUGAAGAAUUGAGUACAUUUGAUCCUACAAAAUUACCUAAAGACAAAAUUGAUAUUAUCGACAUAAACGAGAAGCUCACCAGUUUUUUUAUAGAACAAGCUACAAAUUCUUUGGGAGGUCCAAUAAAACAAGUUUAUGACAAAAUCGUUGCCCUUCUGCAAAAGCAAGAAGAUCUUAAAGAUAUUUCAGCAAAAGUUGAUGCUCUUUUACAACAAAUGGAACAGCAUAUUGAAAUAAUAGAAAUUGUUGAAGAAGUUAGUGCAAUUAUAAAAAUUGAAGACUUGAAGGAAACAGCAAGUAUAGUUCGAGAAUUAAGAGAUAGCAUUGCGGGGGCAGAAACUGCUACGGAAGGCGACAGCGAAAAAUGCUCUUUAAUGAAUUCUGAUCAAACACAACUGACUGACAAAUUGCAAAAGGCUUUGACAUGUUUACAGAGCCAGGUUCUCGAUUCCACACAAGAUACUACAAGUGUUAAGGCAGACAUUCGUCAACAAAUUAUAGAUGUUGUAUCUGAUCUGCAACAAGAUUUAGCUCAAUUAAAUGAUAUAUCAGUAGAAAACUUGGCACAACAUGACACAAACAUGACUCAAGAUAUAGAACAUGAAAAUGAUAAAAUUGUCGCGGAUAAUUCUUACGAAACCACAAAUGGCAUUGUUAUUACUGAUAAAUUACAGUCGUUGAGUGAAGUCAAGGACGAAUGCAACAAACAAAUAUGCGUUCUUGAAGAUAUGCUUACCACAGAAAAACCUUUAGAAAUGCUGGUGCAAAAUAUUCAAGAAUAUUUACGCCAUGAUUUUAGUGAAGUAGAUCAAGAAUUCGCAUCUUUAUUAAACUAUGAAGCCAUUGAGAUUACUCGAGACAUGAUUCAACAAUUUUGCCAGGAAAGCGAUUUAAGUGAAAUUAUUAGUAUGAACACCACAGAAUCCUUUUUUAUAUCAGACGAAAAACAAAAAAUUCUUUCCGAUUUACAUAACAGUCUACAAAAUGUAUUUACAUAUGAACCGGCAAAAUUAUUAAAUGAAGUGGUUAUCGAAGAUAAAUUACAAGAAUUUAAACAUGUUGUAGAAAAUUUAUGCACAGCCAUUGAGAGCGUUCAAAAUUUAAGGAAUAUUGCUACGACAAGUUCUGUUGAAAGUAAUAUUCUAUGUCAAGACAUUCCAAAUGAUUUAGAUUCAAGCAAACUAUUGAAAGUUUGUCAGAUUGACGACCCUCGCCAUACUAUAAGUGAAACAGAAACAAUUAUUUGCGAACCGGGAGAAAAAUCUAAAGAAGUUAAAAUUAAUCAGCUAAACCAAGAAAAAUUAUUAAAGAAACAAGAUACAAAACCUUCACUAGAAUUAAAUGAACUUAUUUAUGAAGACAUUACUUCUAAAAAAGAUGAGGCUGAACAUACUUCUUUAGGAAUAGAAGAAAGCAAGGAACCAAUUGAGCAAAAAGAAGGACAACUUGCUUUAUGUAUCAGUGACUAUAUCAGUGAAGAAGUAACAGAAACUUUGAAAAAGAUGGUGCCAUAUUUAACCAUAGAAAAUCUCGAGAAAAGUCAUGUAAUUGCAAAUCAAUUAUUUGGAUUGAGUAUAGUGACAAAUUUUGAUGAUUCUAACUAUCAAGACCUUACAGAGAAAAAAAUUGAUAUGAGUUACCAAUUAAGUGAAGCGUUAAUUUUAAUUUAUGAAGAAAUAUGUGGUUUUGCCAAAAUUUUACCAACUUCAGUUAAGCAGGACGCAAUCGAAAAAGCUAUGUCAUCAAUUAAGAAUCUUAAUGACGCUCUUCAGACAAACAUAAUUUCUGAACAGUGCAUUCUUUCGGAACAAGUAACUGAAUUAGAUAGGAAAUCAUCAAAUAUCGAUUCGCAAGAUGUUAACACUAUUAAAACCAGCCAGUCUAUAGAAAAUUUAAAUUCUAUUGCACAAGUUGAAAGUCAAGAAACUUUUAAUACAUGUACAGAAAAAAUUAAUGAAAUAACUGUCCAGGAUAUAAAAAAAAGUGAUGAUUCUCUCGCAAAUCCUUUAGUCAGCGUACUAGAACCUUUGUGUCCUUCUUCAGAUCCAGAACAGGAACUUAGUUCAAUACAGAUGCUAGAAACACUUUUACAAGAAGUAAAUGAGUGCAUAGAUCUCUCUUUAACGAAUGUUGAAUAUUCUGAAAUAUUGGAAAAUGAUCUUGAUGAGAUUCAAUCGGUAAUCAUAAAACUCAAAUGUGACUUUGAUGGAACUACAAAUGAAACUCUCAAUGAAACUCUUGAAGAUUUAGAGUGCAAUGUGAGAAGCGUUCAACUCCAAAUAAACGAACAAAGUGCUCCUGCACUUUUAAAGGAAGCCUGUUUAAAUUUGCAGGUUAUAGUUUCUUCUUUAAAUGAAAACGAAUUAAAACCUAAAAAGGAAAAGGCCUUAACAUCACAAAUAAACAACGUUAUGGAAAGCUGUCAGAAUGACUCUGACCAAACAAUAGAUUUGCUCGAUAAGGCGUGUAUUUUAGAAAAAACUUUGGAAUAUGAAAAUGUUUUCUUAUGCAUGGAUAAUAUAAAAAACACAAUAAAGUCGCUGCGAAAUAGUUUUGUAGGAAACGCAGAAACAUUAAUUGUUGAAGGUAUAGAAGUAAUGCAGCAAUUAGAUCAAAUUGAGGAAAAAAUUUUCUCUUUAGAAAAAGACGUUGAUAAAUUGGAAUUUAUAGAUACUAAUGCCAAGGAUAAUGUAAUAUCGGCUAUGCAUUCUGUAUAUGGUACUAUUUCAAAUAUGAGAGGUGCUGUUUCUAGUAUACAGAAGCAUUAUAUGUAUGAAAAUUAUGGAAAACCAACACAAAACAUGCUAAAAUCUUUAAAGAAUGUUGGCAUUAUUUCUAAGCAACAACUAGGUAAUGUAUCGAGCUGGAAGCAAUGUGCAAAUAUAUUUCGCAAAGUUUUAAAUCAUUUUGAAGACAUCAAGUUCUAUAUAAACUUUGACAGAACAGCAAGAAUCCCAAAUGACGCAGCGUUCACAAAAAUUAUUCUGCAAGAAGUUGUUACUGCUUUGGACGGGAUUCAAAAUCUAAACGAUAUUAAUGCUCAGGUAUACAAAACUAUUGAAAUUUUGUCAAAUUACGUAAAAGAGAGAAGAUUUUUUAUAGAAGAUAGGACCACUUUAGAAGUAAAGGAAAAAAUCCCGAUUUUUAAAGACUUAUCCACAGCAAUACUGAAAGCAACUGAAGAUAUAAAACUACAACUUCAGGAUUUAAAAACAAUACAAUCAAACAAUCUUGAACAAGACAUUGUUGAAAUGAACUCAGAAAAUACUGACACAUUAUGUGUCGAUAGCGCGAAAGAAAACGAAAAACCGAUUAAAGCGAUAAUACAAGAAGAAGAAACGUUACAAAUAGCUUCGUCAAAUACCAUUCCAGUACUUUUUGAAGAUUGCGAGAAAAUAGGGGAUAAGAAAAUGAAUCUAAAUGAAGAGGAACAAGUUAUUGUUAAAUCUAAUGAAUGUAAAAAUCAUAACGAUGAUAUUACUACAGAGACCGUACAGGACAUUAAAUCGAUUCACACCGAAAGCAAGAACACUCAAGAGGCUGCUUCUUGUGAGGGUAAUUUAAAUCAACCAGUUUUGAAAUACGAUGAAGUUGUAGUUUUAAAAGAUAAAAAUGAAGAGAAUAUUGAUAACAAUCAAGAAAUACAAAGCUGUUUGACUGAGGGGGCAAAUAUGAAUGUAUACCUAUCGAGUGCAAAUGUAAACGAAUUACAAUGUGAGGGUAUUUCUAAAGUGUCCGUAUUAGACAAUGUCUUAGAAUACGAAAAUAAAAAUAAUUGUGACAGUGGUGAUCAAACAAUAAAUGAUAAUUUAACCAAUAAGGAGAUUGAUAUGGCAUCGAUAUCUAAAUCAGAAAAAACUGAAGGAAAUAUUAAUACUACAAAUAACUUAGAAAAAGAUAACAGUAUUGAUAACAUUAUAAAAGAUGAUAAAGAAAACGAAUAUCAGCUACUAGAAUCCUCAACGACACCAACAACCAGUAAAAUAAUUUUAGAAAAACAACUACAAAGUGAAAUUCCUUCUGAAAAUUGUGAAUUUAACAAACAGGUGGAGACUCAUGAAAUUGUAAAAGAAACUGAGGAAGCAGGUUUUUUCAUAGAUAGUAUAAUAAAGGAUAUGGAUGAAAAACCGAUUGAUGAUGACUCAAACUUUGGGGAAAAACCCCGAACGGAAUUGAAAAAUCAGCAUGACAUUACUGACGUUGAAAAUUUCGUGGAUUCUGCUAUAGUAAAAGAUGACGGAUAUAAUCAAUUUGAAGAAGUUAAUUUAUUGCAAGGGGCAGAAAAUAUUAGCACAUUAAAAAUAGCCCUAACGGAAAAGGAUACCGCAUGCAGAUCUGAUGAUGUUUCAACUGUGGUAGUUAAAGAUGAUAACAUAGAUAUUCAUGGAAAUGAACCUGAAACUUUAAAACCAGAUCUUCAUGACGUCAAUAAAAGUCAACCUUUAAUAAAAGCAGAGGACGAACCUAAUGAUAACUCGCAGAAAAUAUUCGCAGUUACGACCAAUGUUGAUACAAAUAAAAAUCGAAGUUUAAAUGAGACAGAAAAUGUUAUUGAUAUUAUAAAUAAUAACAAAGAGACUAACUCCGAGUUUAUGUGUGAUGAAUUAAACAAUAAUCAAAGCAGAGAAGAAAAAAAAUUAGAGGAGGGUCAUAUAAAAUUAAAUAAAGGAAUUGAAUGUUCUCUGCAAGAAGAUGUCCUACAAAUUUGUGAAUUAAUAGUCGAUAAUGAAAAUUCUCACAUAAAAGUUGCUACAGUAAUUGACAACGAAUGUGAGAAUAGUAUUUCAAUCACACAAGUUAAAGUGGAAGUUUGCUCCAGUAAAGAUGAUACUAAAAAUAUGAACAAAUAUGAAGAAGAAUUAAUUACAAACAAACAACAUAUUGUAGAAGAUAAAGCUAUAGAACAGGUAGGUGAUUAUAAAGUUGAAGGAGAUUUAAGGAAAAACACAAUAGAUGAAGAAGAAAGAAACGAAAACUUUAAAAGUAAUGAUAACAAUAAUUUAAGUGAUAAUUCUCUUAAAAAGGAAAUGUUGCCUGUAGACAUUAAUGAGAAUAUUUCAACUUUGGAAGCAAUUAAUUUAAAUUGUUCAAAUAUAAACAUAAAUGGAACAAGUAAUACCACACACAAUGUAGAAGUUUGUGAAGUAGAUCUUCUUUCAAAUAGAGAUAGUGACCAAAAAGAAGACUUAGUAAUUUGUCCAGUUGAUCAACAAGCUCCUUUAACUAAAUGCCUUGAAAGUGAAUCAGUUCAUAUGGUCAAUGACACCGUUGAUAUAAAUAAACGUCACCAAAUUAAUGAAGUAAAACAAGAUUUACCUGUGGAUUUGAUUUCGGAAAGUGAUAAUUCAAAAUCUGAAUGUAAAGCAAAUGUGAGUGAAAUAUCAGUAAAAUCCGAUGAAAUGGAUCUUAAAGUAGGUAAUGAGAAUGAAGAUGAAGUAAAUUUGAUCCUUCAAAUCAAACAGGAAGAUUUAUUGGACAUUCCGAAUGUGACAACUGAUUAUCAAGUUAUACUUAGUAAGAAAGUAGAUGAGAAUGAAGAAAAUCCUUUAAUAAAGGAUAAUUCAGAACAAAAGAAAGAUACUCAUUUUGUGGAUUAUUCAACUGUUAAAAAUAUCUCUGCAAACAUCGCUGAGGAAAUACAACAAAAAGAGAUAGCUGACGAAUCUCCUGAAAUACAUGUCAACGAAAAAAAUAUAAAAGAUAUAGAUGAAGAAAAUUUAACGACUGAUACAAACUACCACUCAGACAAUGAAGCGAUGAAGGAUAAAAUUAAUCAAAAUAUUGAACAAAAAACAAUAACAGUAAAUAACGAAGACUUUAGUGAUCAUAAAGCAAUAGAUAAAGUUGAAGAGAAAGAAUUAACCAAAAGUAUUGUCAUAGAAAGUGGUAGUCAGAAUGAGUUAAAUGAAGACAUCGAAAAAGAAAAACAAGCAUCAUCUACAAAUUUGUUUGGUGGUUUAGAUUCGGACCCUGAAAACAUAAAACUAAGAGCUUCACCAAGUGUUAAAAAUGCUUCUGUAGAAGGAGAUAGUAAAAAUGAACUAGACAGUCAGAAUAAAAAUAACUUUUCAGAUGAAAUACAAAAACAGGAAGUAACAUCUGCAAAUGAAAAGUAUUUGGAUUCUGUACAUGAAAUUGCAUCAAACAAAACACUUGACAAAAUUAAUGUAAGUGAUGUAAUAGAAAAUCCAAUUAUUAAAGACAAUAUUAUCAAUGACGACGAUGAUGUUAUUAACGAAAAUAAAAAAUUGCUAGUGAAUAACGAACAAACUGAAAUAAAUAAACAAGAUAUGUUAAAAUUGGCUCUUGAAAGAGAAGCUUUUAGUUCUGAUCAAUUAAUGAAAGACAAUGAUGAACUUGCAGUUAAUAUUGGUACAAAAAGCGAUGAAAAGCAGAAUUUAAGUGUAGAAUUAAUCGACCAUGAAGAAAGCAAUAUUUGUAAUAGAAGAACUUUGGAAGGUGCUGAGACAUGUUUGGACCAUGAGAAAGAUAUUUCUACAUCUGAAGAGCAACCACAGCUCGGUUCUAAUAUAAUAAAAAGUGAUUCAAACAAACAGGAAGAAUUAAAUCAGGAAGAAUUAAUUAUAAAGGAAAAUCAGGAAGAAUUAAUUAUAAAGGAAAUAGAUGCAGAGGCAGAGGUAAAUAAAAAAAGAGACAAAAUUAUUUCUGAAGAACCAGAAAUACAAUUAGAUACCCAAAACAAGGGUUUUGAAUCAAAUGCACAUGAAAACAUAGAUAUUACUGAAAAAAAUGAGCUAUUCGCACAGGAAAUCCAAACGAAAAAUACUGCUGUCAAUGAAAAUGACACAAAUACCCAGGUACAAGAUACGAAAGCACAAUCUUUAGAAAAAGUGUUUCCUCCAAAAACUCAACUUCAUACUGGUGACGAAAUUUGUACUGAUGAUGAGACACACCUGACAGAGAAAGAAUUAAUUAAGGACAUCAAAGAAGACAGAAGUGAAAAAAAUCAUUCACAAAAAGUGGCCAUUGAGGAAAAAGACACCAGUAAAAAUCUAGAGCCAGUAGGUUAUGACGACGUAGAAAAUAAAUAUCAAUCUCCAUCUGAUACCAAAUUGGUGGAAUUAAACAACGAACCUUUCGAUAGAAAUCAAGAAGAAACACAAAAAGAAAACGAUGGGAAUACUUCGCAAGUUCCAAAAAAUAGCUUAAAGCAUGAGAAUAAUAUAGGAGCUACAGAUAAUUUUCAGAAUAUAAAUAAAGAACUAGCACAAGAGCAAGUUAUUGAAAGUGAUGAUAUAUGUGAUGAUAAAGAACUAUCUAAAAACUUUAAUACUCUAAAACAAGAUACAACAAAUAUUUGUGAAGAAAUUUCUGGUCCGGAAAACAAAGAGAAAAAAGCAGGUUUUAUUAAGGAUGAGAUCGAAGGAAGUGGAAUAAAAAUUAACGAUAAAAGUUGUGACGAAAAUAAUACGGAUAAAAAUGCUGGUGAGGUAAAAUCUUCAAACGAUCGAGAGAAAAAAAUAAAAGUAAGUAAAAAGAAAUCAAAGUUAGAAAGAAACCAGACACAUGAAAAGGUAAUUGAUUCUAACGUUGAAACAAAUAAAGAUGCACUAACUAAAAGGAAAAUUACAAAAGAUGAUACUAAAGUUGAAGUAAAAGAUACUGGGUUUGAAAAUAAUCUAAAUUUAUCAGUUAAUGAUAAGCAAAUCCAAGAUGUCAUUACAACAAACGUCACAUAUGCAACAGAUAAUGAAAAUAAACCGACUUUAACGGCUGAAACUAAUAAUUACAGUACUGAAUUUAACAAGAGCAGUACUGAAAUAAACCAAGCAAUACAAGAACAUGAUGGAGAAAAGGUAGACUUUACAAAAAACAUCAACCAUCAACAAGAAGGCAUACUAGAACCAGGAAGACAUGAAGAUAAUGCAAGUUCAAAAGUGGGUCCUAUAUUUAUUGACCAUAGCAAUGUGGACAAUUCAUUAUAUUUUGCUAGACCACCAAAUUACAUACCAAAAUCUUACGAUAUAAAUGAAUUUAAAGGAUCGGAAACCAGUAUACAAAACAAAAACCCUACAAUUUAUAAAGCUCAAACUUUACUACAUGACUACAAAUCACGGGCAUCGUAUACGUCAAACAUCGAUCAAACCGAUGAAAGCUCAAAUGGUCCUGCAGAAACUCAAAGAGAAUGGAGUCGUGCCAGAUCCAUGGCUGCAAGUGAGCCUAGAAGUACUACAUCGGAGAAACGGGCGGUUCGUGAUCUGAAGAGAAAACCUGUUUUCUCGACAUUUCUUACAGAUCGUACAGCUGUAGAAAGUUCUCGAGUAAAACUUACUUGCAGCAUAUUGUCUUUAAGUGAUCCUUUAAUUACAUGGUAUAAAAAUGGGAUACUUUUGGAUGAUAAACAAAAGUUUCGAUCUAAAUGUGUUGAUGGUUUAAUUACUUUGGAGGUUUUGAAUGCAGUCCCCAGUGACUCUGGAGAAUAUAGUUGCACCGUUGAGAAUGAGAAUGGAACAGUUACGUCUUCGGCAAAUCUUAAAGUGUACCCAAGUUUUGAAUCGUCCCCUAUUCCCCCAACAUUUACGCGUUCUAUUAGAGAGGUUUAUCAUUCAUUUGAAAACGAACUAGUUUUGGAGUGUCGAAUUCGUGGUCAACCACUUCCAUCUAUAACUUGGUAUAAAAACGAUAAACCAAUUACGUUAUCUGAACGAUAUCAAGCACAUUACCUAGCUGAUGGAGUCUGUAGACUAACUAUUAACUCUCCAACUCCAGAAGAUUCAGGAAAGUAUACAUGUCACGCUGAAAGCUCUAUAUGGUCUGACGAAAUCUCUCAUAAUGUUCAAUUUGAUGGUAAAGAAAAUAGUAUAAGCCGAAAUAUUGUUACGUUGGAAAAGGUAAAUUUGACCCGGCAGGCAAUGGAAUCACGGAAACCUCAUUUUACAAAUGUUAUAUCAGACUAUAAAGUAGUCAGUGGCGGCACUAUUGGCUUGCAAGUAGAAAUUAAAGGGUCACCAACAAGAGUCGAAUGGUUGCGAGAUGGGUCCUCUGUACUUGAAACUUACAGAAACGCCCAAACAUACUUCGAUCGCGGUAUUUACACUUUAGCUCUUUCGGAUGUAACAGAGAGAGAAACGGGUUUGUAUACCUGUAGGGCUUGGAGUAGCCACGGAAAUGUUGAUAUGAAUGCGGCCAUAACCGUAGUUCAACCAAAUCAGGUUGAUGGAAAACCUGCAGUAAUCGUCAGUAGACCAGCGAAAGACAUACUUAUUUCUGUAGGCGAAGAUAUAAAUAUUUCAUUUAGAGUACAAGGAGAACCUAAACCCAAAGUGUUUUUCAUGAAGGGCUUAAGAGAUGUUACCUACAGUCAGCGAGUUUGCAAAAUGACUUCUGAUGAUUAUAUGAAGUUUACUUUGAAAAGAUCGGUGAUAUCUGAUGCUGGAACUUACUGUAUACUUGCCCGUAAUGCGUACGGCUGUGAUAGAGCCUUCGUUACUGUCGUGAUAAGACAACGGGCGACAUCAGAAAACCUUGUUUCAGACUGGACAUAUCCAAUGGAUGAUUUGGCCAUUUCGCCUCUUGAUCGAAAUUAUAAAGUUGUUCCCGAUCGCAUACCGAGUGAACCGAGCGUCAUCGAAGGCGGCAAGAACUGGGUGUCACUUGCUUGGCCCAAACCUGAUUGUCAAACACGGGCUCCAAUUUUGGCUUACAAGGUAGAAAGUUGGUUGAUAGGAAAAGAAGGAGGUGCGCGGUGGACUGAACUGGGAAUUACACCACGAAAUUCUUUCGAUGCUUUUAAUUUAAAACAAGAAGAAGAGUAUCAUUUUAGAGUUACACCCAGAAACCGCUACGGUUGGGGUGAAUCCGUACAGACUUCAACACCGAUUGGAAUUGGUCUUAGUGGCGAAAGGCCGGAGUUCAUUGAAAUUCUUCCUGGUCAAAGUAAAGUUCUUGUAGGCGAAACAGCAACAUUAUGUUGUAGCUUCAAGGGAAAACCUACUCCAGAAAUAGUAUGGAUGAAAAAUGGUCAUGAAAUAGAAGAAAAUACGAAACGAAUUAAAAUAACACAAAAUAAUUUAAAGGCAUGUUUAACUAUAGAGAAUGUUAAUAUAGAAGAUGAGGGCAGAUAUAGUUGUGAAGCGACGAAUAUUCAUGGACGAUCUUCAACAUACGCAAGAAUGACUGUCAUAACUGAUCGAAAUAUUUGGGAGGCUGACGCCAAACUAAAAAGAGAGAGGUCGGCGGGCUUAGAUGGCGAGUAUCCUCCACAAUUUACUAUGCGAUUACGUGAUCGACGCGUGCAAGCAACAUACCCUGUGCGUCUCACGUGCCAAGUUGUAGGCAGUCCUGCGCCCACAAUCGUAUGGUUUAAAAAUGGCGAAGAAAUCACAACUGACGACCGCCACAGCAUGUCCCAAGACGAGUUUUUCUAUACACUUGAGAUAGCACCAACGACAUUGGACGAUGGCGGCGUAUAUGAAGUAAUGGCUAGAAAUAACAGUGGAGCGAUUAGUUGCCGCUGUAGUUUGGUUGUGGACAAAGGCAUCAGGGCAUAUAUCGCCCCUGAAUUUUGUUGUGGCCUGGAACCACUAUAUCAGUUAAAAGAAGGCGAAGAACUGAGAAUUUCAGCAAUAGUGGAAGCGUAUCCUUCUGUCGGUGUAUGUUGGUAUAGAGACGGUGUUAGGUUACGGCCGAGUCGUCGGGCGGUCAUGACCUUAGAUCGAGACGGACAAAUUGAACUGGCUCUCGCCGCCGUAACUUCCCGAGAUGCUGGCGUAUAUACGUGUACCGCUUCAAAUGAAGUAGGCCGGGUUUCUACUUCGGGUAAAGUGGAAAUCAUAGCGGAAGAAAACAACGUUGAUAACAUGAAUGCACCGCCAAUCUUUGUGAGCGAUGAAACAUCGAGAGCUCUUUACUCCAAUGAACCGAGAUUUCUAAGAAAACCUAGGUCUAGUGAGGCACGAGAAGGUGACACAGUAAUUAUAGUUUGUGAAGUUAUUGGAGAUCCUAAGCCUGAAGUUUACUGGCUACGAGACUUUUUAAAGCCGGAUUACUAUCGAGACGCAAAACAUUUCAAACGGAUUGGCGCCGGCCCCGAGUAUAGAUUCGAAAUUCCGCAUGCAAAAUUCGAUUAUACAGGCACAUACUCUGUAGUCGCCAAGAAUAUACAUGGAGAAGCAAAGGCUAUUAUAUCAUUGCAAAUACUAGCGAGAGAUCCCAAUUCAAAAGAAGACGUCCACAACAUAAGAUAUGGGCUUGUUGAAGAAAUUCCUCGUUUUGAAAAAGAAUUAACUGACCUACUAUGUUACGACGGUGAUGCGAUUGAGUUCGAGUGUCGUAUCGCCGCAAACCCAGAUCCUUUCAUAAGAUGGUACCAUUAUACCGAGGUGGUCCCAGACUGUCCCGAUUUUGUUACCUCCUACGAUCGUGGUACCGCACGACUUAAGAUAAAUCAAGUUACCGCGGAAGACGAAGGCACUUAUAAGUGUGAAGCCUCAAAUAGUUUAGGAAAAGCAACUUCGAGUGCGUGCUUAGUUGUUUACCCACCUGGAGAGCCAAACACAUUAAGCCAGAAUCUGCGGCGGCCGCCGGCACUGCUGUCAGCUGCCUCCACUCCGCGCUCCACACCACGCACCACACCCGCACGGUCAUUGUCAACCACACCAUGUCCAGAUUCACGACGGUUGUGUAGUCCGACUCGGGAAAUAGCACCGAAAUUCUACACUUAUCCUUUCAACAGAGUAGCCGAAGAAGGUGACACUGUUGUAUUCCAAUGUGCUGUUAAAGGCCUCCCUCCACCUUGGGCUACGUGGGACAAAGACGGAAUAAUAAUAACUGCCUCUCCAAGAAUAAAUAUAAAAGAAAAAGACGAAAUGUUUAGAAUUUUAGAAAUUGAAGAAGUAACAAUAGAGGAUGUUGGUCUAUACAGAAUAACAUUAGAGAAUGAUUACGGUAGAGCGGAAGCCUCAGCAAGGCUGGAAAUUAUAUCAGGAAAAGGGAAAUUCCACGGAACUACGAGAUCAUUUAGCGCUUCUCCUAGCAGGAGACCUUUGACCUACAGAAGGAGAACUCCAUCAUUUUCUAGAUUCGACUAA